CGACCAGAACCCCACCCAGAGCCUAUUUCGACGGUUCCGUUCCCGCGCGACCCAGAAUUUGUUAAUCGCGAUGCACUCCUUGACCAAAUUCACCAGAAAGCCACGAUCGCGGGGUCCAGAAUAGUUCUCGUCGGCCUCGGUGGCGUUGGGUCAGGGAAAACACAACUUGCCGCUGAAUACUACCACCGAGUUUUCUGGAUCCAUACGAGCAACGCUGCCCGCUACGAGAAAAGCCUCGGAGAUCUUGCGGAUCGAGUCAAGAUUCCUGGGCGUAAGGACCGCAACGCGAAUAUAUUCCAACUCAUUCUUGUCCUGGAUAACGUUGACGAUAACGAGCUCCUUCGAAAAUCUAUUAUGAUCAAUAGGGAGAGCCAAGCAAAAGGCCUAAGUAGUGCAUCGACGCAGCCACCGCUGAGAUACUUGCUCGAAAGCUCAUAUAGCACUAUAUUAGUCACAAGUCGGAAUGCAGCGGUGGCUCUGGACAUCGCCGAUUGCAAGAAUCACGUCAAAGUGCAACCAAUAGACAAGGCUGAAGCGCUAGAGCUCCUACAGAAGAAGCUGAACAUGCGUACGGAGUGUGAGAACAUGAUGCAGCUAGUGGAGGCACUUGAAUUUAUGCCACUUGCGAUUGUACAAGCCGCUGCCUAUAUCACGCAUCGUUCACCCCGCUUCUCGGUAUCACAGUACCUAGAAAAAGUCCGAAAGAGUGAUCAGGAGGCGGUAAGGUUGCUCGAUUACGAGGCAGGCCUUCUUUACCGAGACUGGGAGGCUAAGAACUCCAUUCUACUCGCAUGGCAAAUAUCCUUUGACUAUAUUCAAUGUGUAAGACCGUCAGCGACAGGCCUACUUAGUCUCAUGUCCUUUUUCGAUCGACAGGGAAUUCCAGAGAGCAUUCUCCGACUCUGGCGAGGCCAGGAAAACAAUAGCAAUAUAUAUCCAGAGAGGACCCAGGACAGCUCUUAUGAAGAGGAGGGAGACUGUACGUCUGACUCUGACUCAGAUCAGCACUUUGAAGAUAAUAUAACAACACUUUGCAACUUUUCAUUGAUUUCAAUCGGAGAACACAACACGGGCCGGUGGGAGGAAGCCGAGCAGCUGUUUAUGCAGGUGAUGGAUACUCGCAAGAUGAAGUUCGGCGAGGACCAUGCUGAGACACUAGUCAGCAUGGCCAACCUGGCGGCGAUAUAUAGGAACCAAGGUCGAUGGGAGGAGGCCGAGAAGCUAGGGUGGCAGGUGAUGGAGACUCGCGGCACGAAGCUCGGCGACGAUCAUCCUGACACUCUAGUGAGCAUGAAUAACCUGGCGGUGAUUUAUAAGGACCAGCGCCGGUGGGAGGAGGCUGAGCAGCUCUUUGUGCAGGUCAUGAAGAUUCGCAAGACGAAACUUGGCGACGAUCAUCCCGACACUCUAGUGAGCAUGAAUAACCUGGCGGUGACUUAUAAGGACCGGCACCGGUGGGAGGAAGCCGAGCAGCUCUUUGUGCAGGUCAUGAACGCGUUCAUGACUAAACUCGGCAAGGAUCAUCCCUUUACGCUGACGAGCAUGGCCAACCUGGCGUCGACGUAUAGGAACCAAGGUCGAUGGGAGGAGGCUGAGAAGCUAGAGGUGCAGGUGAUGGAGACUCGCAAGACGAAGCUCGGCAAGGAUCAUCCCGACACGCUGACGAGCAUGGCUAAUCUUGCUUUUACCUGGAAAUCUUCCGGCAAAACUUCAGAUGCUAUUAAUGUGCUAAGAGAUUGCUUAGCUAAGCAGAAACACACCAUCGGGCCUAAUCAUCCUUAUACUAUGUCAAAUGCCGAAACCUUGCUGAGAUAG